GUCCUCGGGGGGCGCGCGACAGUUGGCGUUCCGCAUCCGGAACAUGCGUCGCGCCGCGUGCCGAUCGCGCCGGGGACAUCUCGUUCGUGCAGUCAUCGUCGACUCCGUUGCUUCCGUUAGUGUGUCAACUCGCGUAAACAGCAUCACUCGUUGUCCGACUUCACUCGAGCUCGAAUCGAGGGCGCCGGAGUCACUCUCGAAGAUCGCCAAGGAGCGACGUGGAACUUGUCGAACUUGCUGGUCGAUCAUCGCUAGAUUGUCGCAGGACGUUCGUGGAAACGCGAAUCCUUUGUCCCCCGUCUGACAGGGAAGUGGCGGCGGUGGCGGCGACGACGAACGCAGCGUCGGACCGACGACGUCGUUUCGCGCAGCGAGGACUUUCUCUCUCUCUCUCUCUUCUCUCCUGAACGUCUUCCUUCCGACUCGCGAGUCUUCUCGAUGAACGCGGAUCGUGUCAAGUUCGGUGAAUGAUUGGAAGGAAUCUGGCGCGAGCGACGUUGCCGUCGACUGCUGUGACCAACGACUCCUCAACGAGGUUCGUCAUCGCGUGGACCAGUAACUCCGCAGAAGCCAAGAUCCUCGAGCUGCUUCCGCGGUCAGGCCGUGUGAUCUUCCUCUCGUCUCAGGGAUCAAGAGCAGUUUUUUUGACUUGGUGACUUCGUCCCCCCUGGAUUUGCGUGGGUUUUCGCGAACGACCGAUGUGAGGCCUCGCGAAGUGAGGCGGCGCGUUUCGCGGCGGUCGCGCCGGCAGAGAUCGGGGACCCGGGAGAGUCCGGCGCCGGGGGCCGCCGUCGCUUCGUUGCUGGAUCGUAUCUGGGAACGCGUCACCGACAUUCAUCCCGCGCGGGACCCGUCAUCAGGCGAGCAGGUGGCGGCGUCAGAUCGACGGUCGUUCGAUCGUCCGGCGGACGUCUCUGCCGCCGCGAGAAGAGCCGGCGGCGGCGUCAGGCGGAGGCGCAGGGACGGCGGAAGAGGAGGAGGAGGAGGAGGCGCAGGAAGUAGAGGAGGUGGUGGUGGUGCUGGUGCUGCUGGUGGUGGCGGCGGUGGUGCAGGAGGAAGGUCCGCGGACGUGCAACAAGUUAAGAGGCCGCCGCCGUCGACGUCGCUGUCGCCGCCAGCCUCCUCGGCACGAUGUGACAUGGAUAUCCUCGCUGUAGCCUGCGCCCUCGUUGCGACGGCACUCUACUGCAACACCUUGCAAGCGGGUUUCGUCUACGAUGACCGAAGAGCCAUCCUGACAAACCCUGACCUGCUGGCGAGCACACCUUGGUAUCGGUUGUUUGAAAAUGACUUCUGGGGAACGCCACUGACAGAGCGUGGCUCGCACGGAAGUUAUCGACCGCUCUGCGUGGCCACCUUUCGUCUAAAUCAUUUUCUUGGUGGUCUCGAACCCUGGGGUUACCAUCUAGUGAACGUGGCGUUGCACGCCGCCUGCACUGUUCUCGUUGUCAAGGUCGCCAGAAAGAUCCUGCCAGGAAGGAGCAAUCUUGCGCACGCGAUCACGGGUUUCCUGUUUGCGGUCCAUCCCAUUCACAGUGAAGCUGUGGCCGGUAUAGUCGGACGUGCCGACCUUCUUGCCUGUUUCCUGACCUUGACAUCUUUCCUGACGUACUCGGCCCAUUGUAAUCGCACGAGAUCGCCAUUCCCCCUGCUGGUGGCCCUGGUGUCGUCGACGUUGGCCACCCUCGCCAAGGAAACGGGCAUAUCGUCUCUGGCUCUCUGCCUUCUCUGGGAACUCUGUCGUGGCGAGCCAAGUCGAAAGGGCAGCUGCGGAUUCACCCGGGGUCGCAGCGUCGGCAUUCUGUCCGGCGGCCUGGCGUUGCUCGCCUUCGGCCGACUCAGACUCGCGGGGAGCAGGCCGGAGUUUGCAAGCGCGGACAAUCCGACGGCGAGGCAUCCGUCGCGGCUGACGCGCGGCCUGACUUUCCUGUAUCUGCCGGCGGCCAGCGCGAGAAUGCUACUUUGCCCGAGCACACUGAGUUUCGACUGGUCGAUGGACGCCGUGCCGCGCAUUACCAGCCCGCUGGACCCGCGGAAUCUCGAGUCCGUGUGCCUGUAUGUCGUCCUGAUCGGCGCGGUGUGCUGGGCCGUCAGGGGUCUGCGACGACCACGCCGGGACUCGUUACCGGUGGGUUUUCUACUUCAGCAAACGUAUCCACGUUCGGCGUCGUCCAGGUGUCCCGUGUGCGCUGGCAGACGCACCGGCGGCUGCCACACGGACGGCUGCCGGGCGGCCAACAACAACAACAACAGUCCACUGGGCGAUUGUCACUGUGCCAAGAGGCCGAACAGCAACGGCGGCAUAAACGGCGUAAAUGUUAGCGGCCGACAGACCGCGGCUACCGCCGUCGCCGUUUCCCUGGGCUUCCUCGUGCUCCCGUUCCUGCCGGCGAGCAAUCUGUUCUUCUACGUGGGCUUCGUCAUAGCCGAAAGAAUACUGUAUCUGCCCAGCGUGGGCGCAUGUCUAGCGGUUGGUGCCGCGGUGUCCGGGUGCUACCGGAUAGCGAGAAGAAACGGCUCCAGGACACGCGGUAGAGCGGUGCUUCUCGGCACGGCGAUUCUCAUUGGCGUGAUGUCGGCGAAGACGCUCGUGAGGAAUGCCGAUUGGAGGGACGAGGAGAGCCUAUACAGAUCCGCGCUGCACGUCAAUCCGCCGAAAGCUUAUGGCAACCUGGGCAGCAUUCUCAGCGAGCAAGGGCGAGUAGCCGAAGCGGAAGAAGCAUUUGUUCAAGCCCUUCGCUAUCGACCCAAUAUGGCAGACGUGCACUACAACCUGGGCAUCUUGCAGCAGGGCAGAAAGAAUUACGACGAAGCGAUUUUGAGUUAUCAACGGGCCAUUCAUUUCCGACCUUCGUUAGCUCAGGCUUAUGUGAAUCUGGGAGCGGCGUUGAUUUCGGUCGGACGGGGCACCGAGGCAGCUGCGGUUUUGCGCGCCGGUGCAUCCUUGGACGGCUCCGGUCUGAAGGACAAAAGGGCUCACGAGGCGGCCAGGGUGCAGGCUCUCCUUCAAUUAGGCGCGCUGUACGCCGAUCAAGGUAGAUUACAAAGAGCCCUGUCGGCGUACAGGGAAGCCCUGCGUGCCCUACCGGAUCACUAUCCACCUCAGAGCGUGUACAAUCUGCUAGGUGAGACGCUGUCGAGGCUGCAACAGUACGCGGAAGCGGAGAGGUGGUUUCAGGCGAGUUUGGCCAGCCAGCCUGACCACGUGCCGGCCCACAUCACUUACGGGAAACUUUUGGCACGGAACUCGAGCCGCGUCCUGGAAGCGGAGAGAUGGUUCCUGAGAGCCCGCAGGUUGGCGCCGGACGACCCCAGCGUGCACCAUCAUUACGGGCUGUUCCUGACGUCGCAGGGUCGGCUGGUGGAGGCUGCCGAAGAGCAGCUGCGAGCGGCCGAGCUGUCGCGAUCCGAUUACGAGCUGUCGGUCGCGGCGGCCUCGGCGCUGAGGCAGGCCGAUCGUCGCGAUGAGGCCGAAGUCUGGUACCGACACGCGGCCAGUCUGAGGCCGCACGAGGCCCGCAGCCACACGAACCUCGGCGCGAUCCUACACCUGAACGGCAAGUACAAGCAAGCCGCCGCGGCGUACAAGGAGGCCCUCAGGCUGCAGCCAGGCGACGCGACGACCAUAACGAAUCUGCACAAGCUGGCGGCGAUCUUGGCGUGACCUGAAGAAGCCGACGGUGACGGCGAUGAAAGUGAAAGGACGCGAGGACUGAGAGACGAUGAGAAAGCGAGACGUGACCAGAGUGACGAUGGUGUGUAUCAUCUGACCACUUCAUCACGCGACAAGGAGGAUUCCAUCUUACCGAUCUUACCGUGUACCCCGAGACCCCCUAUCGGCCCGAUCUUCCUACCGAUAUUCGUUUAUAUCUCUGCGUCGUCGGUGACGCGCGCGUUUGUCGACGCGCGACGACUGACUCGUAUCGCCUGCUAUGAUAUGUAAAGAAUAAAGCUUCCUUUAUUUUUCUCUAAUA